AUGGAUCAACUUGUUGAUGAUAUAGAACGUAUAUUCCACGAUCAAACCACCGUGUUCAAACUCAACCUAUCCUUUGGCUUCAUUCUUUUCAAUAACGAGACUGUACAGAUGCAGUACCAUCACUCUUCAGUGAAUAACGCUCGGGUAUUUGACACCGCCUUCCAGAUUAGGAACCUCGAAGAUCUACAGCAAGUGCGCGAGGCUUUAGAAAAUAUCGACAUUCAUGAAUGGGCUCGGCAACAAAGACCAAACUCCAAAUGGGUCGUCAUGGAUUUCACCAACGCUACGUUUUAUGUGACCAAACUUCGCGAUUAUCCCAUAGGUUGCAGUGUCCGGCUACCUGAAUAUGCGGUAGAGAAUCCUACCAUCGUGUCGCUAGAUUGUGAUGAUAACAAUGGUUUACCGUACGAAGACAAACUCUGUUUCUUUCGUUGUUUGGCCUUGCACAAAGGUUGUCACCCCCAUAACCUGGAGCGCGUCACACAACAUUUUUAUGAACAGUAUGACGAUAGUGAUGAUUUUGACAGUGAGACUCUCGAAGAGCUCCCAGAGUUGGAGAAAUUAUUCGAACUGAACAUUUACGUGUACAGACUUGUGGAAGUGUAUGAUGAGGAUAAAGACAAGACCGAGAUCGUGGCUCAACUUCUCCAACUCGACCUGUACGGAAGCCACUUCAGCUAUAUCAAGAAUCUAAAAAUGUACUCGAAAUCGUACUGUUGUUUAAAUUUGACAAGAUGUGGAAGACAGCGAGAGCUUUGA